AUGACCAAGCUUGGGGAGGGUGGUUACGGACAACAUAUCAUUCACAGAGACCUCAAACCGGAUAAUGUGUUGAUUUCAAUGGACGGAUGCAUAAAGUUAUGUGACUUUGGUUUGGCUAAAGAUCUCAAGAAUAUUGAUUCGUAUAAUAUGUCUAAAGCCAAACAUACGGCAGAAGUCGGAUCUGUUGACUAUAUGGCACCGGAAGCUCAGACUAAUGAUUACAAUCAUUUGAUAGAUAUCUACAGGUUGAUGUAGUAAUUAAAUGCAAAGAACAUCUGAAUGACUUUAUGACUAAAAUGAAUGCCUUAUUGGUGUCAAUGAGUGUUAAUAUGUAUUCACAAAACGGUUCAACAGAUUGGAGACAAAGACCCGAAUGUUCGCACAUUUUAUCACAAUUACAGACAUUUAUGAUUAAACCUAUUAUCAUAGAAAAUGAAUGGAAAUCAUUGCUUGAGAGUAUAUAU